CGUUCUACCAUUUUAAACUGAAAUUUGCAACCGUCUUUUUGUAUAGAAACCAGACUGUAGAUCUCGAGCUUUAAAUAUGUGCUGUUUCUGUUGGUUUAUGAUUGAACAAAGUCACAGCUUUUAGAACACGUCAAUAAGUAGCAUGAACACAGAAUAAUAAGUAUUGAUGUGCAGCUCUCAGUAGGGUGAUGUGCUUUGAACGAAAGCUAGGCAUAGCUAGAUAGCUGCUCAUCAGUCUAUCCAGGUCUGAGCAAUAAAACCUGCCCCAACCUGAAAAUGUGUCCUUCUGCAAACCUUCUGUCUGACACUGUGACUGUCAUUUCCAUUAUUAAUGAAGCAAAUCAAAAACAAGCCAUUUCACUAAACAGCAGACCCUCACGUUGUUACUCAUUUAGCAUGUAUGUUGUCAUGAAUAGAGAAUGACUACAGAAAUGAGCAAACUGGUUCACUGUGGAGACUGACACCAAGCGUGUGUGUGUGUGUGUGUGUGUGUAUAAGAUUUUCAUUAUGUAGAAUUAUUCAGAUGUAUAAUACACAGCCUACACAGGCCAUCCCACAAAAAAAUCCAGCAUGUGGCAUCAGUUGAAAAGUUUCCUGAUUCUGCCAGAAACCCGACCUGAUCUGCAGACCCGAUAACCCUGCUGACUCUCUCCUUUAUUUCUACCUCAUCAAUACACAUCUUCAAAGAUCAAGAGAUGAAAAAAAUCAUAAUUCUAACAGCAUUCUUCUGAAGCUAAGUAAUUAUCACAUGUUCUUAUUAACACUACUCUAAAGGUUUCCUAGCACUGUAGUGAGCCGAGUUCAGAUUUUAAAUAUUAAUUACAAAAGCCAAAGUCUUUAAACGGCUGCACAGAGCCACGUUACAGACCAAACUGACUCUGUUCGACCUGUUACCCAUCAUGCAUCAGUUUGUCAAAUGCAAUAUAAAUGGUUCGUUAUCAACACCUCUGUUUAACUGGAUCACAUUCAGGCUUUCCUGGUCUAACCUUGUCUAUUGAAAGCUGUGUAUUGAGGUUGAAUGAAAUCUUGCAUAAAGUACAGAUGCUCUAUUGCUAGGUCCAAAUAUUCGCUACUUCAGACUGAUAUUUGAUUAUCGCUCUGUUGUGUGAUGGCUGUCGUUUGGUAUGUUUAGUAAAAAACCAGAUCCAUGCUAGAGAUGAAUAAAAAUCAACACUGUGGGUUUGUAGGUGUAAGAGAAAAAGUUGCUUCUUUUUUCUUUCUCUUUUUUUUCAAUCAACAUACUAUCACAGAGACCACAGUGAGAGAGAACAGAGUUCAUACAGAGGAUACAAUGAUGUUUCAUCCAACUCUUCCUGGUAACUAAAAAACAAACCCCCAAAAUAACUCUGCGCGUUCCUAAACGAAGGGUUUCUCUUCUGGUUUAUCGGUGGCACUGCGGUGCCGUAGCCUUGUGUUUGGCCUUGUGUUCACUGUUUCUUAUAAACACAGUAUAAAGAGACACACUUUAAACAGUGCCAUAAAGAGUUGCACAGGUAAACACAGUUCUGUUAGAGUGGAUAUGGUUUAAACCUAGUGACGAGUUUACUGCCAGUAAAACUAUACGGCCAUUUCGGAGCGAGUGUGUAGCGCUCACCACAGCACAUGCACAUCAUAGCUGAAGUUCGUUCUCUGUCUACAUUCGACUUGAAAAAUGAUGGAUGUGACAUUUGAACGGUAGAGUCUUAGUGUCGGUGAGGUUAAUAAUUGUAUUAGUUUCCUGCUGCACUGUGCGAUGCAUUUACAGUGUUUAUUUAUUCCUCUUUAGUAGCUGCCUGGUCAGGGUCAUGGUGCUGUAAAUUAGGCUAUAAAUUGUGUUUAUAUUUUGGGAAAUAGAACAGACUAAAUUCGUUAGAAAAUACUGCUGCCAGGAACAAAUGACCAGAACCAGUCAGAGCCAGCAGCAGUGAUUUCAGUGUUUCUGGCCACGUAGUGGUAGUUAAUCUCUUUCACCAGAAAAGACUUGAAUAAACACAGACGAGAAGCACAGACACACUGUAGAUGCCUUGGAAGAGCUCCACUGACUGGCUUUGAUUCACUCUUCUGAGUUUGUGUUGCUCUUCUGAUGUUGACAUUUUGUGGAUUUGGUUUGUUAGAUGUUGAAUAAACAUAAAAGAGUGUGUUUAUGUGUGUGUACACAUUAGCUCUUCUGUAGAAAAGGCAGAGCACUAAGGUCAGAUCAUUAAGGACAGAGCAAGCACUGUGGUGUGUGUGUGUGUGUGUGUGUGUGUGUGUGAGAGAGAGAGAGCUCAGGUUUUCAUAUAAAAAGUUUUUUUCUCAGCUUGGCGGAUUGGCUGAUUAAUUCUGUCUCCUCCCACUUUUCCUUUCUGUAGAUUACAAAAGACUGGAUGCACAACACACACACACACACCCUUCAUACUCUCAGGCAUCCUCAGUGGAGACAGUUCAGAGACAGGACUAGACAAGGACACCUGUUUGUGUUUGUUGUUGGAGUGUGUAAGUGUGUAAGUGGGGUGUGAGGAUGGGAAGGCUGGGGCAGGACAGUGUGAGGCAUUCACAGAGCAAGCUUAGUCUCUCGGCUUCGUUCGAGGCUCUCACCGUUUAUUUCACCUGCAUCAACUCGGUUAAUGGCAGCGGCGCAGAGGAGGGAAAGAAGAAGAAGCCGGUGCGUUUGGCCAUUCAGAGGAGUGUAGAGACGGGUUUGGCCAUCGAGAUGAAGAGCAGAAUGACACGACAGCCGAGCAGAGAGACGGCUGAGGAAGGAGAGAAGCCCAAACCGGGAACUCUUAUAUUCCCUGGCGUAAAAAUCUCAAGAGACAGUCAGUUCACCGAGUUCUUGGACGGUCUAGGCCCCGCCCAACUCGCUGGGAGACAGACGCUGGCCACGCCCCCAAUGGGCGAUAUUCAGAUCGGCAUGGUGCACAGGAAAGAGCGUCUUGAUGUCGAGGUGAUUCGUGCUAGAGGUCUGGUGGGCAAACCGGGCAACAAACAGACGCCAGCACCCUACGUUAAGGUCUAUUUACUGGACAAUGGGAAGUGUAUAAACAAGAAGAAAACACGGCUGGCGAGGAAAACGCUGGACCCUCUAUAUCAGCAGCAGCUGCAGUUUGAGGAGAGUCCCGAGGGAAAAGUGUUACAGAUCAUCGUGUGGGGAGAUUACGGCCGCAUGGACCACAAGUCAUUCAUGGGCGCCGCUCAGAUCCUUUUGGACGAUUUAGAGCUCACCAACAUGGUGAUUGGCUGGUACAAACUGUUUCCCCCCACCUCACUGGUGGAUCCGACGUUAGCUCCUUUAAGCAGUAAAGCUCCUGAAGGAGCGACUGACAAAUCAAAUGUUCGCUCAUAAUGACGCCGAGAUGUCGUCUGCAUGCUUCACGCUGCGUCCCGUGGGAAGGCUGAGAGCAAGAACACGCUACCGUCUUCCUGCUGCCAAAAGAGAAACGAGGAAAUGGGGAGACGCAGGAGCCGAGCAUUUGGGUUCGAGCAUCAUUAAUGUCAGACAGACAGCUCAGAGGUCCCAAGCUCAACUCAUUAUGGGAUAGAAGAAGACAAAUAACACUAUCUCGAGGUUAAACAGAAGAGAUCUUUCUGGGAUGGAAAGACACAAACCUUUGGCUGAUUUGUUUCCUUUUCAAAUGGACAACAGUGUGAUUUAUCCAGAGCUUGGGAUGUCUGUGGAGAAAUGACAAGAAGACACCUACAAAAAGCCAUGUGGACCAACGAAGGGUAGCCUGAGAGAAGGAGAAGAACAGAGGGUUCCAGUGGAGCUCAGAAAUCCAAAACUCGACUCCCUCAACAAGGGUGUGGCUGGUAGGAACGACGAAGAAAACUGAAGCUCUCUUAGGAUAAUGUAUACAGAAAGAGAAACAAAGGUCAGCUUUUGAGAGAAAGAUGACAAACCUUAGCUGUUCUGUUUCAUGUCAGUGUUGUUUUUCCAGAACUUGGGUGAAAAAAAUAAAUCAAAACGCACAAAAAGCCAUGUGGACCAACAGUAAUGGGCUAAAGAGAUUAAGAUUCAUUAAAAUGGACGAAUCCAGAACAAUAAAAAAUAAAGCCAAUUUCAGUUGAUUUAAAGAGAAUGAUGAUGACAGUAACAUUUAUUUGGAUGUUUUGUUUCAUAUGCAAAAGGACCUCAGUGUUCUUCAUACAGAGUUUGGGAUGUCUGCAAAAAAACAACAACAAAAAAACAAGAAGAAGAAGACACAAAAAAGCCAUGAGUGGGCAAACAAGAGAGACAGAAAGCGAGAAGAAGCUGAGAAUGACAUCUCCAAAGCCCUGCUGCACUUCCUCCACCAAGCCAGAUAGAAACAAUUAAAUAUCAAAAGUUCCUGUUUUGAUAAAGACUUGACAAGAAGAUUCGAAAACAAAUCUAAAACAAGAACGCUUUUGCGCUCUGGUAUGAUGCUGUUUUCAGUGAUGUACUGUAUUAAAGUCAUGAGAAGAAUUUUUCUCUUUUGUUUUGCAUGGAUGCAAAUUAUACUAAAAAAAACGAUUAUUUUCUUCAAGGCUGCUACUAAAAAAAGAUCAAAACAAGAGCCCGAUCUGCCAUUUUUAAUGGUUUCUAUUCAAUUCAGUUAAGAGAAAUCUCCAGUGCAUGCUUUACAGUAAGACUGACUGCGAUGAAGAUUAAGAUGUGAUUGUCGUUAUACUUCUGUAUUUUUUGCAGAUCAGCAGCAGUGUGGACCGGGAAAAAUAAAACCCAUUUCCAAACACAAAAAGAUUUUAAAAAUACCGUAUUUUCCAGACUACAUGGUGCGGUCUUUUUCACCUUGUCGCUGCUACAGUACGUUCUCAGUUUUGCAUUAGGCUUAUGCUGUUUCUUAUUGUGAUUAUUUUUCUAAACAAAUACAGAAACUGAAAUCACACAUUUCAAUAAUCAUGCUUAAACCAUAACCGCUGUCCUGGAGGAUAGAAAUCACCAACUUUUAGCCAAAUGGAACCUCCAUGCUCAACACUUUAGUCUUUUUUUUCCUCCAUGCAGAUUUUAGGAGGCUAUGACUUAUAGUCUGGAAAAUACGAUAAACAGAUAAGACCCUUAAAAUACAUUUAUUUCAAUCCAAUGACUUGUGGUUAUUAUAAUUGUGUGCAAACUGCACUUUUCUCUUGUUUUCAUCUUCGGAGGCUGCCAUGUUGAGUUGUUUCCACUGGGAGGCACUGUGUUUUACACUUAUUGUCUUUUCACCUUUCAUUUCUCCACUCAUUUGUCCAAAAUCAGGCAUGUCAAAAGAAAAAAAAAAAAAGGUAUUAAGACUCACUCCCACUUUUGAGCAUGUUUUACUAAAAGAUGAAUCAGUGUGAGAGUCAGUGGUUAGUGCAUGUGGACGUGAAGCUCAGCUCUCGGAUCCUCAACUUUAUCAAAAGCUGUUUAAGCUCAUUUUGUUUCCCAUUUAAUUUAUUGCAUUUAAUUUCCCCUUUAAAAACCAGGUGAUUCCCAGUGAACAAAAGAAAAACCACACUUUUGCAAGGGAGACCUGGCCACGUUGUUCAAAUGGAUAUCAAAGUAAUUUUAUAUUUAACAGAAGUUGACUAGUAAGGUUGCAAGUAUAUUUUAUUUUAAUAUUGUAAUAAAGAAAAGGAUUUUAAAAAAUGACCCCAUUAGACAGUACAGUAUGUCACAGACUGGUUUAUGAAAAUGGGAAAAU